UCAAAUUUUGAAGAUGUCUGCCAGCCAAAUUUGUUCACCAUCAAUCCUCUCUUGCAUGGCAAGCUUCCUUCUUGUAGUGUCGAGCAAGGGGCGUAUGCGACCAACAAAGAGGCCCUGGGAAGGGUGUGACAGCUCCGUCUGAUCUACUUUACUAAAUGGUUCAUCUUGCCGUCAGUAGCACACAAUAGCAGUUCACUCGUCUACCCGUCACCCUUGCGAACCCUCAUUUUUCUCGCAUAGCAUCGAAUCCACUAUUGUUCCAGUUUGGUCGGUCAGGUCCAGAUCACUUACUUACUUAGUCAAUCAUGUCGUCCUCCGAGGACCUUUCCUUUGACAAGGUCAAGUUCGGCAAGUCGGAAGGAACUCUGAUGCUCUCUGCCUCCGAUCUGAGCUUCAAGGCAGAUGGCAAGACGCUCAAGGUGCCAUUGGCCAACAUUGCCAAGCAUCAAAUCAAUCCCAAAUCUCAUGCCAAGGCUCUGUUAAAAGUCAUGAUGAAAAACAACAAACCCGCCAAACUCUUCCAGAUGGAAACUCGAUCAGACUUGGAAAAGAUCAAUAAUGAAAUUAUCAACCGCCUCCGAGAGUUUCCCGCGGAUGACUCUCGCGACAAACCACCCGUGCCCAAAGCAGCAGCAGGAGCAGCAGCAGCAUCUUCAACCGACGACAAGGGUGGGGUCUAUCAGGGGGUGCACUUUCGAAACAUGGUGGGAUCACUGCAUUUGCUGGAGAAACAACUCAAAUGGGAAUCCUCAGAAGAAGGGGGAAAGACCUUUGCCCUGGCAUAUGCCAAUAUUGCCAAGCAACAAAAGAGCCCACCCAAAAUUGCCAAGUGUAUAUUGAAGCUCACCAAACCAGAUGAUAAGGUAUUCUCAUUUCAAGUAGCCAGUCGAGAUGAUUUGGAAUCACUCAACAAGGAAGUGGAAAAACGAAGAAAACAGCAACAACCAGCAGCUCCCGCCAAGAAAGCACCAGCCACCAAAAAGGCAGCCGCCGAACGAACCGAAACAGCCGAUGGAGUGGUGUAUUCGCAAGUGAUUUUCAAAGCGGUCACGGGGAAUUUGACGCUGUCCAAGGAAACUUUGGCAUUUGAAUCUACCGGUCCCAAAAAGGCAUCCAAAGCGAUUCGAUGGAGUCGCGUUACCAAGAGCCAAGGGAACCCUCCCAGUCAUGCCAAGGUGCUAUUAAAAGUGUUCUUGACCGAUGAUAGUCCCCUCCUGUUUCAGCUCCAGGAGCGACCCUUACUACAGCAGCUCAAGAAUGACAUUGAAGCCCGAAUGAAGACUCCCAAGGCAGCCAAGAAAAACGACAACAAACAAAAGCUGGGGGAUCAAUUGUCCGCACUCCAAAGCGAUGAUGCCAAGAAACCGGCAGACGAUGAUGCCGUCACCGUCGAGACCAAGUUUCAACCGGAUGUCAUGUCGGCUGCCACAAUUGCCUAUGAGGGCGUCAAACAGGGUAACGCAACGGGACGGCUUGUGUUGACCAAGAAUGACAUUUCGUUUCAAAAAGCCGAUGGGAACAAAGAAACGUAUUCAUGGGGUGACGUCUUCAAACAUCAAUGCUCGCCACCCAAAAUCGCCAAAGCACUGCUCAAGCUGGUAUUGACCAAUGCUGAAAAACCCAUCACAUUUCAGCUACCCAAUCGUAAAGAUUUGGAAAAGAUCAGGAGAGAUAUCGCCGUGCGAUUGCAAGAAUACCAGGACAACCAGCAAGCAGCAGACGAGAAGCUGGAAGCCAUCAGCGAAGACAAAGCGGCAUCAGCAGAGGCCUCCAAGGCAAAGAAAUCUGCACCUGCAGCCGAUGACAGUCCAACAGCUAAGAAGGAGCAAGAUAGUGAUAAGGAAGCCUCAUCGGAGACAGCGACAAAAGGCAAGCAGGAAAGCACCCAAGCUAGCGAAGAACAGCCCGAGCAACAGGAAGAAAAGGAGGAUAACUCAAUGAAAAGGUCGCAAAGUGAUGUCAUCAAUGAUCUUCUUUCGUUGGCUUCCAUGGGAUCAGACGAUAGUGGCAGCGAGGCUGAUUCAGGGCCAAUCAGGCCCCCCAAUUCUGGUAUCAGCGGUCUGCUUGCAAUGUCAGACUCGGAUCCACAGGAAACUGCGGCAGCAACGGGAGAAAUCCCCAGUAUUUUCGAUGAUAGUUUUGCAUCGCUAAUGGCAGAUACCGGCUUCAACUCAGAUGGCUCGGAUGAUGAAUUCUCCGUUGUAACAACGGAUACAAGGACUGCCAAGGCGGCAAAGAAAGCAACCUCACUGCCAGUAGAUUACAAGGACGUGACCUUUCGAUCCAUGACCGGCGUUGCCACUCUUACGCAAGAUCAUUUGCUGUUUCAGCCAGAUGAAACGAAACACCCAGGAGAACAACCUACAAGGCUUACCUGGGAUAGUGUGGAGCGCCACCAUGGCAGCCCUCCCAAGCUCGAUAAGGCAGUUCUCAAGGUCUUUUUGAAGAGCGGCCAAUCCGCAACCUUCACAAUGACGACGCGCAGGGAUUUGGAAUUGAUUCGAAUGGAUUUGACAAGCCGACUACAUGAACGCCGAAACACAACCAGUUUUACGUCAUCCGCAUUAGAAGGACUCGUCAUUGGGAAGGGCGCCCACAGUGGAAAGAACGCCAACGGGUACGUAGCGAGUUACAAGAAACUGCCACCCGGAGCGCAGUCGUCUUCUGCCUACCACCCCGUGCAACACCAGCAAUGCGAGGGUUCGGUUUUCUUGAGUUGGGAUCAGUUGUCCUUUCAACCGAGCGGGCUUGGGGAUGUGGACAAGGCACGGACUUUAUUCUGGGAUGCCGUCGCGGGGCACGAAGUUUCGCCAGACAAGCCAAUACUGACCAUCAAGAUGCAGGACGGGGAGAAUGUGACGUUUCGAUUUUCCAAUCGGCGCGAGUUGGAGAAGUGUGAUACAGACGCCGAGUCGCGUAUGCACUCGUAUGGUGAAUUUGAAAGUAUUUCCCACAACCCUCCAGAAGAAGACUCAGAACCGGAAAAGCCAAAGAGCAACAAGAAGAAACCAAAGCCUAAGCCGAAGGCAUCUGAGAUUGACCCAGAAUUCAAUAUGCAAGCUCUCCUGAAUGUUUCCAGUUCAUCAUUUGACGACGGUGACGGCGAUGGCGAUGAUUUGUUUGAGAUUCCACCACCCCCAUCGCUUCCGCCCCCUCCACCACGAGGCAUCUCCAGACAGCGAUCUUCGAGUUCCUCAAUAUCAUCAGCUUCUUCAAGCUCUUCCUCCUCCAACCACUCGUCCUCUUCAUCUUCCGCCGGCUCUGGCGGGUCACAAAACAACGACAUGGAUGACGACACGGAACAAACAGAAUAUGACGAUGUGCCGGCGCCUCCUCCUCCUCCUGUUGAACCCGAAACGUAGGCAACAUGAUUGAUUGACCCACACAAUCGGCGGACGUGGAGUUCGAUGCCAGGAAACGCUUAUCUAGAUGUUGAGACCCUGUUCAGAUACUCCUCGUCACCCACGUGCGCGGUACUGAAAUUCAGUCCAGCAUCGUUGGCUACUUCCACCGAGGUGGCAAUGCAUGGCUGCGCCAUGUUUGUACAGCAGUUUCGGGCCCCAAUUGAAGCGUCAUUGGCGACAGACUGGAACUAGCUAGGGGAUGGCUGGGUUCGCCUUCUGCGAAAGUCUUGUGGCAAUGGGUUUAGCUGAUGCAGCCUAACUAAGGUAACCAGUGUUCCUCUCCAUUUGUAGCUUUCAAGCUGAUCAUACAUCUUAGGAAUACUUAGCAUGCAGGCAAGC